UUCGUUAGAAUGUUUCGGAAAUCUGAAAAGAAUUGGUGCUACUCCACCCAGUUUUGUCGAUCGUUUUGUUCAAUUAACUUAGAUCCUCAAUGAAAAUAUAUAAAGUACCGUCGACCGCGUUAACGUCACGUUGCGAUCGAGUAGCACGUCGAAUUGCUAUGAUUCGUCAUCGGCAUAUGGAAAGUCCCUGACGGUUCUACCGAUUUUUAUCUCCGAUUCUUACCUCUGGCCGCUGCGAUUUGAUUUAUCGUGGACUGUUCGCGAUAUCGCAUUUGCAAUUUUUCAAACAGUCAAACAGGUAAAGUGACGAAGGUGUAGCAUCGCUUCGAUUAACAAGAAAAUCAAGAGAAGUCUAUAUUUUUGAUAAGCUCUGAGGGAUUUUACAGAUAUAAUGGCUGCGCAGGAAGAAGAAGUUGUGGACGUACUCGAGGAAGAGAUGCAGACUCUCGCUGUGGAACAGCAGCAAUGCCUGCAUGAACUUCUUCCCGACUUCACAAUGUAUAAAGCUGACGAAUAUAAAUAUCUAAAACAGAAUAUUGGAUAUGCGCUUUGCGGAUCGCCAAAGGGCGCCAAUGAUGCAAGUACGAAGGAAAGCUCUUGUUUUUGCAACACAGAAAAUUUGAAUGAUACAGACGUAGUUGAUGCAGUGAAGUACAAAGAAGAAGCGGAAACGGUCAUAAACAAGAUAUACGAGAAGAUCUGCAGUACGGCAGAAACGGAUGGUGCUCAAUCAAUCUAUUUUGGUAUCAUUUAUAAUGUAAUAUUCAAUCAUAAAAUGAAAAUAAAGCCUAAGAAGGAAGAAAAGGAAGAAAAGGCAAAAGCAGAAGUAAAAAAAGAAGAUGAAAGUAAAAAGAAAGAUGAAGAGGAGCUGUGCUUCGUAGUUCCUGUCCCCAUUUUUAAGAUCAGAAAGAAAAAAUCUGAAACUGCAAAGAGCACGAAACAGGAAAAUUCAGCAACUGCUGCUGAAGUGCAGUAUGAAACGUGGUACAUUGAUGGCAGCGCCAGAGUAUAUAAAAAUUGGGCAGACUAUACAAAAAACAAUAAUCUACCGAAGUGCACUAUGGUUCUUCCAAAAGAUGGUGUUUAUCAACCAGACCCGGCUUAUCCAUGUACGGAGGAUUAUUCGACGGUUUGGCUGGAGAUUGUGAAGUCUCCCGCGUGUACAUGGCGAGCAAAACUCUGCACUGGAAUAGAUAUCGCUUCCAAUGUCGUUGGAAUUGGCACAGUUGGCUUGACUGCCGUAGGACUGUUCACGCCUCUUGCACCAGUUGUUGUGAUAUCAGGCUUUGUUGCUGCUGGUGUGACUGGUGCUUGGACAUUGGGCCGAAAUUCCCAACAAUUAGUAGAUCGCAGUAGCCAUGAGGAAUCUAUUCAUAUUUUGGACAGAGACGCACUUGCGCAUUACCUCGGCAUAGCCGGUACUACGUUUGGUUUCGGAGUAAUUGGAGGAUCAGCGAUUAUUUCCAACGCUGCUGCACGCGGUAUGACAGUACAUACCUUGGCAAGAGUAGCAUUCAAUACUAUGCAAGGUGGCAACCUGCUCGUCAACGGCGUUGGCAUACUAUAUCAGGGUUACAAUAUGUAUGACAAAUAUAAAAAUAAGGAGGAACCGAUCAGUUUUAUAGACGCGUUGAAUUUGGCGACGCAUGUAAUGUUUUUCUGCGGCUCCGUAGUAAAGAUUCAAUUCGCCAGCGACAUUAUCGAAAGUACCCAAGGUAGAGUUAUGAGUGAAUACAAGGACAGCUUGAGCUCUAAGCGUCUCCGUAAAAAAUUCAAUCGCACUAUGAGAAAUGCUGCCGAAAAUAAUGUCUGUAAAAUGGCCGAGAAUGCGGAAGUGAUACGCUACAUAAGAAACCGCCAAGAUCUAUUGUCUAGUCGGUCUGUAACUAACGGCGGUAACCGGGUGCCGAAGAAUACUUUACGUAACAUUGAAUGGUCUUGCGAACGUGGUAGACUAAAAGUCAAUGGUAUUCUAUUGUUAGAUCCUCUCGAAUAUGUUACUCGUCUUGUAAAACUGGGCAUAUUCAUCAAAUCCGACCAAAGUAUUUCGCCUGGUACUUCACGGGACUCUGAUGAUGACGUUAUUGUUGACCAAUUAGCAAAAGUACUUUGUGAAUUAUUAUCGAAGUUCUAUGCAAGCGACGACUGCCCCAGAAGCACCAAAAUACCAAUAGUGCCUGACUUCGAACCGCUGUUAAGACAGAUGAGCUCUAUGAAGAUUGAUGAGAAAUACUUAAAAAAGCUGUUUGAAAUCACUAUAAAGUUAAUGAAACGUUCCAGAGACAUGGAUGAUUUUUUACUCCAAAUCUUUACUUUUGUCUGGCAGUAUUGUAAAGCGAAUUUGAGGCAGUGGGGCAUGAGCCUGUGCACCCAGAGUUUUUCUGGCAGCGAGAUUUUGAGGAGGAUUAUCCUUUCAAUUUCCGAGGCAAUUGACAUGAUGCUAGGUAACUUAUUAGGUGCCUUUGUGAGUUAUAUGGACUCCAGCCGUUUGCACGCGUAAACCAGAGUAUACAUUCUAAUAUAACUAAUAGGAAAAAUGAGACUAUAGCGCACACUAUAGUUCAUAGUGAUAAAACAUAUUUUUUUUAAUAUAUACUAUAGUUGUGACUAGAGCUCCCGAGUACACGUGUACUAGACUACACGUGUAAUCCGUGUAUUUAAUUUAUCCGUGUUUUAACCCGUGUACACGGAUAUCCGUGAACGUGACACGUGUACACGUGUACACGAAUAUCUGUGAACGUGACACGUGUACACGAAUAUCCGUGUAUGUGACAUAUGUAAACGUGUAGUCGUGUAUACUUCAAUAGGGAAAUAUUUAGAGAAUGUUGUGUGAAUGAAAUUAUGUGGCAAAAUCUGGAUGAAACUUGGAAUGCUGGAAUUAUGCGUAUACAUAUGUCGAACAACAUAUGCAGAAAUAGAGAUCUUUCAGCAAAUUUUGAUAAUUUGCAAAUAAUGCUUUUUUUAUGGUCAAAACUUUUUUUAAUAGAGGUUGCGCAUACACGGACAUUCGAAUACACGUGUCACAUACACGACUACACGUGUACACGUGUCACGGACACAGGUACACGUGAAUAAAGGUACCGUGAAUCCGUGUACACGGAUCACGUGUACACGUGAAUCUUAAAACACGUAUCCAAUCGUAAGCUCUAGUUGUGACACAAUAGAUUAAUAUUACAAAGUUCAAGUAUUAGAGCAGAGCUUUUAGCGCAUAGGUUUAUACAUACAUGCGUUGUUAAAUAUUGAAACUGUUUUUUACAAGUUAUUAAAUAUGUUAUAAUACAAUUGUAUUAGUUGAAAUAAAGUUUAUAUGAAAAGGCACACAAUAACAUCUUGCUCUAAUUAUAAAUAACUCUUAAGAAGAAAUCUUAUGUAUAUUUAUAUUUAAAAACAUCUUUCAGCGCAUAAGGAUACGUUCGCGGAUCUUUGACACAUGAUGAGCAACAAUGAUAGAAUGACGCUUUCAGCGCUAAAUAGCGCUGAUAGUGAGUUCCCCGAACGCACCCUAAACGUCGCAAAUAAAUGAAAGAUAUGUAAUAAUAUAACAAUAUGUUUAUGAUAUUUAUUGUAACAUAUAUCUAAGUUAUCUUAAAGAAUUCGGAACAAUUUCACACCCUAGCCUUGAUAAUACACCACAUAUCAUUCUGUGCCUUGUAUUUCAAUUUUUUAGAUACUAUACAUUUUAUAUAUGUGUCGUAUGUCAUCGAAAAUUAUGAAUAAAUAUAUCUACUUUAUUUGCAUUUUGUGGAUCGUAAGGAAUAA